UUUUUCUUUUUCUUUUUUUUUUUGCCACGAUUUCUUUUCCUUCUCACAGUCAUAUACAUUCCUCCUUCUCCCUUGCCCCCACCACCCCCGCGCGGCCCUUCCCGAAACCUACUCUUCGCUGAGCGAUUAGAGAUUUCGGACGUCUCCGGGUGCAGGAGGCGGGGAUGGGGCUGGUAAACACAGCAAAGGCACUUCCAGAAUGUCCCGAUUCAGCAACUUUCUUUUCUUUCUUCCCCCUUCCCCCCCGCUUCAAGGGCAGCAAAAGAGGCUUUUGUUAUUUGCUCCUUUUGAAGUUUGUUUCCCUCUUGCUUGGUCCCCCUCCUGUUUAUAAUUUAAGAUCUUGGGAGCACACGGGCACUAUGCUCUCUUUACAAGAAACGUAAUUUCUCAGUGUAACCGGUAGCCUCUGUAUUUCUCGCUUUUAUCUAAUCAGGCUUCCUGCACCACCGCACCCCCUCCCAAAACACACACACACACUCACAUUCACACACACAGGUGGAUGAACGCUUAAGUUCCCAGGUUAUUGAGGUUUGAGUUUUUUAAUGGCAAAUUUGAAAUGUUGUUGUCAGUUUCCUUUACUUUUUCCCUGUCUUGCAUUAUUUUUCUCUUUUCUCCCUUUCCGUUGUCUCCUUCGACUGCCCCCGCUAACCCUGUCUCUCCUCACUCCUGUUCCCAACUUGGGCCCCUUUCAUUCAGGUAAAACUGUAAAUUUCCCAAUGCGCCAUUGUUCCCUUGGGCUGCCCAAAGCUCCCUAGAGAUCCCCGAAUACUUUUUUGGUAUUUAAAUCCCCAGUAGAUAGGACCAAUGUAAAUUUUGUGACAUUCAAACCUUUUCUAGUUCACAAAUCAGUCACCCUUGUCACAGUUAUUGAAAUUCCGCAACUCGCCACACCAGGACGGUGGAAAAAGCGGGCGCGGUCUUUGUUGCCGACCAGGCUUUUGAUCGCCAGAGAAAAUUUACUUACCUUCAGAUGAGUGAGCAGAAAAAGAAAUAACACUCCCUUUGAUUUAGUUAGGAAAAUGCAGACAUUUGGAUUCAGUGCAAACAUACAACACUCGCUUGUUUUCGCGAUGCGGCCCUCGAUUAACCUGUCUUUGCCUAGCGCAAAGUCUAUUCAACAACUGCGCGUAGUUUCUUUUUGUCCCUUCCACAAAGAGCCAUUGACUAUAUAUUAAAAUGAUUGUUGAAAGGUAGGGGAGUAUGGUACUUAAAAGCAGGAAAAAAAAAAAUCCCUGUGACUCAAUCAAUUAAGCCGAGCAACAUUUAUGCAUUUCAAAAAAUGCACGCGGAUGCGGGGGGUUGUGGGGAUGAAGGUUGCAUUUCUCCGCAGCUCUGUUUAAAACCCAACAGUCCUGGCCGAGGGUUUAGCUGAAGCGUCUGCAUAUUCAUUAGGUCUAAUUAUUUUCUAGUAAGGAAAACACAAAAAGCCAAGAGUCGGAAUCCUUCAAUUUACCCUUUGUUUCUAACUUCAUUUGGCUUCUUUGCAGCUGAAUCAAAGCCCUAAACUCUUUUUCCAGACAAAGAAACCUCAACUCAUCCUUUCACAGGCGGCCCGGUUAGGAAACUCACCAGUGCCCCAGCGAGAGGAAAAUGAAAAUGAAUAUAUUUUUUGCCCUGACGCCAGCGCUGACUGCACCGGCUGGAGGAAGGCAGGGUCAGCGUCCGCCGCUCCUCGCCUUUCUGGUUUUCUGGUCUUCUCACCGACUAGAUUCUCGUUUGGGGCUGGCCGGCCGGACUGCCCUUUCCAUGGGCUGUGCUUGCUCAAAAGUCGGCUUGGGUAUCCGAGAUGAUUUCCCGGUGCCUGAAGGGACCUGACUGAGCAUUUGUGCUUGUGCUGGGAAAUAGAAAUUCGAGAAAAAAAAAAUUGUCCUGUUCCCAUCAACAAGUCUGAGUCUAGCAGCCCAGCAUUUCCCACCAACUUUGAGUGGAAUGGAAUGAGGAGUGGAGGUAAGGAAAGGACUGAGGCAUUUUCAAAAAUUAUUAUACACUUCGUUAGAAAAAAAAAAAAAAAAAGAUAUAUCGGAGCAACUAAGUCUUUCUACCUACAAGGGGAAGUUGGAUCCUACUUCCCCUGGAGUUGAGAAAACCUCAUCUGCAAGAAGUUUUCUCUAGAGGCUGUAUUCCUCUCACUAGGGAGAACAUAUAUUGAACCCACCUCGUCCGCCUUUCAGGAAACACACGCGCGCGCGCACACACACACACAACAAGGGAGGGGACCUAAGGGGGAAGGGUAGCUGUUGGGAGGGGGAGAGGGAAAAUAAUUCUUCAAAAAAGAAAAGUCAGUCUUCUCCUCUCCAGUCUGUGGAAAAUCCAACGGGGACGUUUACAAGAGGAUAUUUUUAGGAAACACAUCCAAAUACACAGGGGUAAGAGUGAAUGUGAGAAAAAAAAAAAAAAAGUUGUGGGUUGUAGAAGUUAUCAAGUGGGAUUUGCGGCGCUCUCUGCAGGAAACGCGAGCGGCUCCAGUUCAAAGCCACAUGCACCAACGUGACAUAUAAGCCAUUAAAAUAUCAUCCUGACGGCUCAUUUCUGCUUCAUCAUACAUUCCCUAACUGCUUCCCGAAAGCUGGAAAAGGAGAAAUGAAGGAUGACCGCCUCGCUGGAACCACAAAAGAGAGGCUUGGAGGGGUUUGUGGUCCCCUCUCAGCCACCCCGAAAUGAUGUGCAGAAAUGAGGCGAUCCUGGCAACAGGUGGAGUGGGGCUCAAAGUCAGAAAAUGAGAUACAAGACAUCCUUGGUGAUGAGGAAACGAUUACGGCUUUACCGAAACACUCUGAAAGAGUCAAGUAGCAGCUCUGGACACCAUGGCCCCCAGCUCGCCGCCGCCUCCAGCCCCUCGGUGUUCCCAGGCCUCCAUGAGGAGCCUCCCCAGGCCUCCCCCAGCCAUCCUUUGAAUGGACUCCUGCGUCUGGGGCUCCCUGGAGACAUGUACGCGCGGCCAGAACCCUUCCCGCCAGGGCCUGCGGCCCGCAGCGACGCCCUGGCAGCUGCCGCAGCUCUGCAUGGCUACGGGGGCAUGAACCUGACGGUGAACCUCGCUGCGCCCCACGGUCCUGGCGCUUUCUUCCGCUACAUGCGCCAGCCCAUCAAACAGGAGCUCAUCUGCAAGUGGCUGGCGGCCGACGGCACCGCGCCCCCGAGCCUCUGCUCCAAAACUUUCAGCACCAUGCACGAGCUGGUCACGCACGUCACCGUGGAGCACGUCGGCGGCCCGGAACAGGCCAACCACAUUUGCUUCUGGGAGGAGUGUCCGCGCCAGGGCAAGCCCUUCAAAGCCAAAUACAAACUUGUAAAUCACAUCCGCGUGCACACGGGCGAGAAGCCCUUCCCUUGUCCUUUCCCGGGGUGUGGGAAGGUCUUUGCUAGAUCAGAAAAUCUCAAAAUACACAAACGAACUCACACAGGCGAGAAGCCCUUCAGAUGCGAGUUCGAGGGCUGUGAGCGGCGCUUCGCCAACAGCAGCGACCGCAAGAAGCAUUCGCACGUGCACACUAGCGACAAGCCAUACACGUGCAAGGUGCGGGGCUGCGACAAGUGCUACACGCACCCCAGCUCGCUGCGUAAGCACAUGAAGGUGCACGGGCGCUCGCCGCCGCCCAGCUCUGGCUACGAUUCGGCUACACCGUCUGCCCUCGUGUCGCCCUCGUCAGACUGCGGCCAUGAGUCCCAGGUGGCCUCCUCGGCGGCGGUGGCGGCGCGUAGUGCCGACUUGAGCGAAUGAUGUCCAUCGCGUUGCUCGCAAGGUAAUCUCGCUCCGCGCAGCUGAGCGCCCCGCAUCUUGCGCCUGCUACAUCAAAGGGCCCGCGCACAAAGCAGUGUUUCUUCGCCACGGUGCAUCUUCAUGGUAAGUUAGGAUUUCUAUGGCAAUGGGCAAGUCGCACUGAAAUCCUGAAAGGCCAAGCCUGGAGCCCGUCCAGGCUUUUCAUUAAGGACAUAAUAUUUACGUCUAACAGACCUUUUUUCUUGUGUAUACAAGUAUAUAUUUUUGUUUGACGCGGACUAAAUCAUUUUCAUUUAAUUUCCGGUAAACAAAACCCACGCGAAUGGGCACUUGUACCCGAUCAUAAUAAAAAUGGAUAAUAAUGUGAAGGAAGAAAAGAGCCGCUUGAAUCGCCGCUCAGCCCCCUUUGUUUCUGCUUUCUGCGGUGAUCAGAGGGCGCAUUUGGGUUUGAUGGCGAGUUUCUAAAGGCGAGGAAAUGGUUUGUAAGAGGGGAAAGAAAAGGAGAAAGGUCUAAUCAAGCUAGGGUUGUUCAAAGAGUCGGGUUUUGGGGUUGAAAGUGUGAGUUUGACGGUGCAUCAGCAUGCCGCGUUAGGCUCGCCAUGGAAAUACGCGCGGGGAGCGGCCGCUUCAAAGGCGGCACACUUCACUACAGACACUCUAUUAAGAUACAUUUGCGCUGACCUUUGCUUUCACGCCAUUUAAUACUGUCACUGCGCUCUCCAGUAUAUACUUCCUUCCUAGAACCCGACUUGCCCGCGUUUAGGGGUUCACCCUGCACCCGGAUGUGGGAGGCUUUGGAGCAGGGGACACUUUCAGGAAAGGGAGGAGCACAAGGACUCUGUGCAUCUUGACUGCGCACCAAAGAGCUCCAGGAUCAGGAGUGAAAGAUUUUAAAGCAGCCUCCGAAGCUUAACAAAUGAGCAUUCCAAACUCAAUUUUGUGCAAAUCGCCUUUCUGACUCUUGAGUAGGAUGGAGGCUUAAGUUUAAUGGGGACUUGUGGGGAAGGGAGCCACCCUGGGGGAGUCUGAGGAGUUCAGUCUGUGCCCUUGGGACAUUUCCACUCUGGCUUUCCUUACCACUCUUCUUCCUCUCCAUCCCAUAAGUCUCUUGUGGCCCCUCAAACUUGUUUCUUUCUAAGGCAGGGUGUGUGGUACCUUAGGCCUGGACUUGUCCUAGAUGCAAACUCAAGAGCCCAAGGCCAAGGGGAUAUGGGGAAGAUGGCAGGAAAGUUAGAAGUCCAUGUUCCCUUAAUUGUCUUGUUGUUUAUUUUAUCCAAGUACCCCAGUGAAUAGGGGAAAAAUAAACACAGUGAAAAAAAAAAAUCAAACAGUGGAGUCUUCUUUAGUGCCAGUCCUUGUGGUUGAAUAAAAAGGAUGGUCCGCUUUCUAUUGAGCUGAGAAAUCUUUGAAGUGGGAGUUAUUAUCUGAGACAUUCCUGCUUGUCGUCCUAACAACGCCGAUGAAACGUAAAAGGUUCUUUGUCAGCGAUUUGUUCUCCUCUCUGUCAAACUCCCUCUGCCCCGUUAGUUUCAAACCGUUUCUAAAGAGAUAAAAAUCAAACUUCUUUUAAAAAAAUAUCCACACACUGCACCAAUACAUAACUUUAGGACUAAGUCUUGCUAAGGGAUAAACAAAAGCAAUGCCUAGACAUCAGGGUCAGGGCCUGACCUGGUGAAGUAUGCAGAAGUUGGGGGACCCUCGGGACAAGCUUUGGGACAUGAGGAAAAGUAUGCAGAGGGGGUCCAAGCAGAAUACAUACCCUAAGUCCAUAAUUGUAUGUCUGCUUUCUUCUGCUCUGACUUGCACUCAGUCAGCCCAAGUUGGUUCACCUGGAUGGGUUCCUUUGGGUACCCCUCAAGCUGCUAAUAUUCUUGCCCAGGAUCCUUGGAACUUAAGAUUGCAGCCAAGCAAUUGUUAAUAUCUCCUGCUCCUUCAAAGCCACCUCUGCUAAAAAUAGACCCAUUGUGUAUUUCUUCUCACUAGCAGCAAUCAACAAGCCCUUUCUGCCAUUAAUAAGAAGGAGAAUAGCUGAAGGAGAGAGAUGUUUUAUUAAUUUCCUGUUUCCUUCAGAAUCUUGGCAGUUGAAGCUUAGAAGAUUUGGUCUACAACCUAGUGAUCGAAAAUGCAUGCAAAUGCCCAUCCUUCCCCUCAUUCACAUGUGCAGUUGUUCAUUUUAUAUUGUGCCCAAGAAAGAAACUUUCACCCAGUUCAGGUUUCCCCAAAACUCCUGUUGUGGUUUUAAAGGUGGUUUAAAUAAAUAAGGAUGUGCUGGUCCCGCUACACUGUGUGUGCUGAAUAAAUGACUUGUAAAGUUUUCCGAGCUGUAACCCAUGCUGUUAUUAUAGUUGCUGCAAAAUGUUGUUUCUGAUAUUGAUUUUAUUUGUUAACUGGAGGUCUCCAUAUGUUUGUUUAUAUUGCUAAUUUAUGAGAAAAUGUAAUAAUCGCAAUGAAUGUGAAUUAUACAGACAGGCAAACAUUUUGUAAUCAUAAUUCACAUAUACACAAAAGCCUGGCUGAAACCUUAGACUGUUUGUACCCUCUCUACCCACACUGUUUGUGAUUUAUCAUCUGUCUCCUUAGUGUCAGUUAAAUUAUGAACUAACUUGAAAAUAAAAAGUUGUUUGACUGAAAGUGAUUGUUGAAUGAACAACAAAGUUGAAAGCCAUGGCUUGAUCUUGUAAAUAUGUAAAUGUAAAUGAUAUUAAAUCUGUGAUUCCUUUUCCCUCCAAAGGCCUUUGUGUACAUGGCACUCCAUUUGGCUAUUUUCUUUGGAAAUAAAUGAUGUGAUGUUUCCCUUCCUCUUUUGAA